CACAGCAAAAUAGUGUCAUCUGAACAUUACGUUGCAGUUGUAGAAUCCGGAGUUUAUAGGUCGGGCUUUUUGUGCUGAUAUAACCCAGGAUAUACCAGUAUAUACUUCAGUAUAAAGACAAACUUCCUGGUUUGGUGGUGAUUUAAGUUGACACAUCGAGGAGAGAGUACGGGGAACCCAUGUUGACAUAAUCAAAACAGUUAAGAGAUCAGCAAACAGUUGGAGACAGGUACAAUGCAUGGUACCCUUCUAUGACCAGUUAUUCCGUUUCAGGAGAACGUUAUUGAUCAUUGAUCAAAGUACCACAGUUAAUAUAUCCUUACGGGAACGACUUUCUAUCUGCGUUCAUAGUAUUGUAUAUGUAGCCUCAGGAAGAACGCGUAUUGGUGUCGGCGGAUAGGCACUGCCAAAUUUAUUUGGAUUAUUGAUAGAAGAACUGUGCCUGAAUAUUUUCUGUUUUUGGAUCGGGAUCAGGAUCUGUUCGUGGAGAUUCAGAAUGGCUGGGUCUGGAUCGGUUGCAUUUAUCUUCCAACUCGUGACAUCGGUUUUAUUCAUACUACUCAAUGUCGACUCCAUAGAAGCAAGGCGCCAAUCGGGCAGGUACAGGCAUAGAGGGAGUGGAGGAGCUCAACUUACACGAGGCAAAGAUCCGUUACCAUGGUGGGCUAUUACUCUCAUCUUCGUUGGCGGUAUCUUGGGCAUAUUCUUAUGCGUCAUGGCUCUGAGGAAGGUUUACGAAAAGAAGCGAAGGCAGAAGAUGCGCGCCAUGGCAACACGACGCAGUCAGAACAUACAACGACGCCGAAGUUUACCGAAUAAUGUUACUACCGAUGAGAAUGGAGUUCCCCAGGGAUGCUUUGUCGCACCUCCUACGUACGAGCAAUCUGCGAAGGAUGACGCACAACCUCCUGCAUACAGCAAGGACGUAGAUAUCGGCGAUGAACACGCCAUGGCUCCUCCCCCUACUCCUCAUGAAACGUCGGUUCCCAUGGACACUGCUCUUUCCGCAGCCCCGCCCAGUUAUGAUUGUGCGCAAAAUGAUGGGGGUGAGGUCGUAGAAGUGGGCGGGGCUGUAGCCGAUGGUGAUGAGCCAGGCAGACAGUAGAAAUUCACACACGGAUCGAGCGAAUGCUCACGAAUAAGUGUGUGGUAUAUCAAAAGACAAUUGUUGUACUAUUUAUCUGACUGGAUUGCCAUCGAGAGCCUAUCCGCACGAGUUAACCUACUCCUUUCAAAGUGCAAUGAAACCAGAAAGAGAGCUGCUGAUCAAGGACUGACAACGCUUUAUUUAUACAGCUCAUAAAUACACCCAAUUUUCAGUCAUUUAUGUGAGAACUUUGUAAAGUAUAAAUGUGCUUUUUCAUGUUUUUAUCAAAAAAUUUCAGUGAUCAUGAUGAUGUUAUGCAAUGCACCCCCCC